UCAUAAACAUGGGGUCUUCAGCAAGUACCAGAAGGAUUUCGUCAGCCAGGAAAGUUGAAGGCCCUUCCUCACUCAACGAAGUACAUGCUGGUGGACCACUAGCGGAAGGGCAGAGCAAACCGUUGACCAAAGACGAUGCUGUUGUAGUUCCAGAUGAAACCGAUGGCGGUCCUUCACAACCGAAAGCGAUUGCUUCACCGAACUCCAAUGGAAAAGCGGAUGCUCAGAAUGUCGCGAUUCAGCAAGAAGGCACUAUCGACGAUGCUUCAUCGGGGACAUUGACAGACAUUUCAGAUAUUCUUCUCGUUGACUCUGCAGCUGCUAAAGCAAAACGGAUCGAAGAGUUCAGUGACGAGGUAAAACAAUGCCUUACCCUUGUCAAAGCCAAUAUCAAGCACAUUCAGGAUUGUAAAUGUUUCCCAUGUACCUCGUGUCUUGAACGGAUGGAUGCCAUCCGCACAGUUUCAUAUAACGACGACCUUGAUCUGAGCGCUGUAGCGGAUGGUUUGGGCAUUGACACGGACUACUGCAAAAUGUUUGCUUAUACGUGGAAAAAGGGAGAUAUGGUACAGAAGCUUGAGGACGCUGAUCAACAAGAAGAACUAUCACAUGAGCUCACACACAUGUUCACAUUCUAUAACGCACUGCUUGGUUCCGGUUGGAACUUUACUGAUGAGUCUGAUUACUUCUGUUUACAAAUGGAAGAAGAUGGAUGCCUGUCUUUGAUUGUCGAUUGGUUUUUACACCUCGUGAAGAGUGAUACGGCGAUGAACAAAUGGGUAGAUGCAAUGAUUUUUGAAGCGAUAAACAUGUUUCAAAACGCCUUCAGAAGAGUGCCGACUCUGACUCCCAAGCAUCAUCGGGCAGUGCCUGCCUUGCAGAAAUUUGGCGAGUCGGAAGACAGCUUGACACAGACAAUGGCAUUCAUGACGUUGGCAAAGCUGGUGAAGAAAGAAGAGGCCGACAAGCUUUCCACCAACUACACCUGCAUCGUAUCACUACUUUCGCUGCUGAAGAAAUGUCUCUCCAAUCCUGAUCAUAAGGCAGAAUCACGCCGAAAAUCAUCCAAGGAGAAAAUUGGAAAAUCUAUUAUUAUUCAUGCAGAGGAGUUAGUUAAAUCAGUAGAUGAUCUGGCAAUCAACGACAACAACAAACGGCUGAUAGUUGAAAAGGGGGGCAUUCCUAUCCUCGCUAAAUUGCUCCAACAAGAUUGUUCCGUGGAGGAGAAGACUUCUGCCGCCAACGGAAUCUGGAGACUAGCAUUUCUCAAGGAAAAUAAAGAAAAGCUGCGAAAAGAACAGGGUAUUAUCUACAAUCUGACGGAGAAUUCCCAGAGUAAAAACGAAAAUCUCCGCAAUGCUUGUAUGGGCGCUCUCUUCGAGAUCUACGAAUCCAAACUUCCCGAAGGCCUGACCCACAAGAAAACAGAUGUCGAGUCACAGCAGAGGGCGCCGUCGGACAGUGCGAAGUCCCGUGGACACAUCAUGCUCAGCUACAAAUGGGAACACCCGUCUAAACCUGUGAUGCGAGAGUUCAAGAAACAGCUGCGAAAAAGAGGCUACAACGUGUGGAUGGAUGAAGACCACAUGAUGGGUGAUAAAAUCGGUGCCAUGGCAGAAGCCGUAGAGAAUGCUGAUAUGAUCAUAGCUUGUAUCACACGUGGUUACCAAGACAGUCAAGACUGCCGUACAGGUGAGAAAAGAUUUACCUCUUCUUCUGAUCAAUGCCAGUCGUCCAUGUGCAAAAGGUCAUAAUUCGCUGACACCAGACUUGGUGGAAAUACCUUUGAUGGUUGUACAAGUCUGCCACAGCAUAACCGUUGUUCAAUCAAGAAAUACCCUCAGAGAGUCUACGAGAGAGGAAAAUGUAAGAAAUUGACUUUACAUUAUGAGGGAAUGCAGAGCAUAAAAUAGGG